AUGUUGAACACGUUAAGGGUGAAUGUAUUUGGCAAAUUAUGCAGUGGCCCUUUCAGUGGCCCUAUUACCAGGACCGCUGUAGGGUCUCUAAUGGGGAAAAAUAUUCAACGAGCUACGUACUCUGGCAUUAAUGGGACACCCAUACUACAGAAUAAGGAAAUGACAAACGUGUACAAACCACGUGGUGAUUCCAACAACAUGGCGGGCUUAACUACUCCCUCUACCAAUUCCAAAGGGAAAAAAAAUAACAAUACUAAAAUAAGAGUUCAUAAAUAUAUCUUGAAUUGUUUAUUCACGAGAAAUAACACACAUUUCACGUUUUCUGCCAUCGAAGAAGAUCUCAAGAAGAGUGAGCAAAUGGUAAAUGAAAGUUCUAAAAAGACUUACAACGAAGUUUACUUGUAUUAUUUGAGUUUGCCCAAAGUUGUUAAAUUCCAAACUUCUACUGGUCGACUGGGAUUCAGAAAAGCUGCAAGAGGGGAAUAUGAAGCAGCUUUUCAAACUGCUGCCAAAUUAUUCGAAACUAUCAAAGAAAAGAAUUACUUGGAUGCUGAUAUAGAGAUUGUAAUGAAACAGUUUGGUAAGGGAAGAGCUGCCUUUGUAGCUGCCUUGUCAGGGAAGGAAGGUCAAUAUAUCAGAGGCAAGGUGGUUCGUGUGAGUGAUGCUACUCAAAUGAAGUUUGGUGGUGUCCGUGCACCAAGCGCAAGAAGACUAUGA